GGCCCGGGGGCGGAGGAGCCCGGGAGGCAGGAGGCUCUGGGGCCGUUUAAGCGGCCUCCCUCCCGCCCCCAGCCGCCCGGUCUAGCCCUGGCCCUGUCCGGACCCCCGGCCUGGCCCACUCCGGCCCACGCGGCGGAGCGGCUCCGUGGGGCACGCAGGCGGGCUCCGGAGCAGCCCAAACCCAUGAGGGCCGCGCACCCGGCCGCCGGUGCUGACAAGACGGAGCUCCGGGCCCCCGAGGAGGAGUGGAGGAUCAAUGAGGUUCAAGAAUCGAUUCCAGCGGUUCAUGAACCAUCGGGCCCCUGCCAAUGGCCGCUACAAACCAACUUGCUACGAACAUGCUGCUAACUGUUACACACACGCAUUCCUCAUCGUCCCGGCCAUUGUGGGCAGUGCCCUCCUCCAUCGGCUGUCUGAUGACUGCUGGGAGAAGAUAACAGCAUGGAUUUAUGGAAUGGGCCUGUGUGCCCUCUUCAUCGUUUCCACAGUAUUUCACAUUAUAGCAUGGAAAAAGAGCCACUUAAGGACAGUGGAGCAUUGUUUUCACAUGUGUGAUAGAAUGGUUAUCUAUUUCUUCAUUGCUGCUUCUUAUGCUCCAUGGUUAAACCUCCGUGAACUUGGACCCCUGGCAUCUCAUAUGCGUUGGUUUAUCUGGCUCAUGGCAGCUGGAGGAACCAUUUAUGUAUUUCUCUACCAUGAAAAGUAUAAAGUGGUUGAACUCUUUUUCUAUCUCACAAUGGGAUUUUCUCCAGCCUUGGUGGUAACAUCGAUGCAGUCCUUCCACUGUACCAUCACUGCUAUGGAGAGGCAAGAAGGAAGACUGUUAAGGGACCUCUCCUCAGGAAAGAGGCAUCCGAAGGCCAGAGGAAGGAUCCCAGCAGACAGAGAAGGCCGGCAAGAGACAAGAGGUGUGCAGCCGGGUGCAGUGGCUCCCGCCUGUAAUCCCAGCGCUUUGGGAGGCCCAGGUGGGAGGCUCACCUGAGCUGCAGAACGUGGAGGCCCAGUGAUGGCAGAAAGCUUGCCCAAGUUUGAAGUAGCAGAGGGGGUCCCGCGGGGCCAUUGCAACUACAAACUACUGAGUCUCCAUCCAAUAUAAGUAAGAUUCUGGGGGAAAAUUUGGCCAUUACAGCUGGAGAGCAGGGUUGUUACUGGUAUUUAGUGGGGAGAUGACAGGGAUGCUGCUAAAUAUCCUACUAUACACAGGAUGGUCCCCUCAACAAGGACCUAUCUGGCCCAACUGGUCAGUGGUGCCAAGGUGGUGAAACCUCAUAACAUAUCGUGAAAGGAUCUGAGGGAGGAAAGUGCAUCUCCUCUUUCACACUUGUUAAAAAGCACUAGGACUCAGGGCAGCACCUGUGGCUCAAAGGAGUAGGGUGCAGGCCCCAUAUGCCGGAGGUGGCGGGUUCAAACCCAGCCCCAGCCAAAAACUGCAAAAAAAAAAAAAAAGCACUGGGACUCAGAGCCACAGUGAUUCCACUUUAUAAGAGAAAGGCCCAAGUAACAAACAAACUUGCCAGAAACAUAGCCUUAUUGAAGCUCCAUUUCCAAAAUGCUGUGGGUGGUGAAUGGGUGAGCAGAGGAUUAAGAGGAAACUGCUCACCUGGGGUGUACUGGAAGCAGACAGUUUUGAAUCUCCCUUCCUAUGUGCAACAUAAUUAUUUUCAGUAACGAUCAUAAAAUAAAUAAUAGUAAUGGCCAGAAAAAAAUACUUUUUUCUUUUAUUGGAUGUAAUAUGAAUUACUCUGUCAGUAAAAUAAAUAUAGUAAAACAGGGGAAGAAUAGUAGAAGGAUACUUUUUAAUUACAUUUGUGUAUUUUCCUUUUAUUUAUUUAGACAGAUUCUCACUAUGUCACCCUAGGUAGAGUGCUGUGGUGUCACAGCUCACAGCAACCUCAAACUCUUGGGGUUUGGGAGAAUCAAGCGAUUCUCUUGCCUCAGCCUCUCAAGUAGCUGGACUACAGGUGUCUACCACAAUGCCCGGCUAUUUUUAAAGAUGAGGUCUCGCUCCGGCUCAGGGUGGUUUUGAACUCCUGAGCUCAGGCAAUCCAUCUGCCUCGGCCUCCCAGAGUGCUAGGAUUACAGGUGUGAGCCACCACUCUGGGCCCUGUGUAUUUUCUUUUAAAGGAAAAAAACUUAUACCUGCAUAUUUAUCUGUUGUAAUAAUAAUACAUUAGUAUUACAAAUUUCAUGUUCAUGCCUAAACAUCUGUAAAUUUGUUAAUCACUUUGUCAGAAUUGGUCUUUUUUUGCAUAUUGGUGUUCAGUGGAUAGGGCCGCCAGAUUUAUCAAGCCAUUUUCACUUAAUAGUUGAUUGGAGAAGUUUUUUAUUAAUUUUAGUUUUGAAAUUUUCUUUCACACAAACCAACAGGUUUACAAAUAGGAAUUUCCACAUUUACCCUGUGGACAAGUUUGGCCAGAGAUUCAUAAAAAUCCCAUUUUCCAAUAAAUUCCCUAAAUUGCAAUAGUGCCUACAUCUUUGAUUCUCUUCGUGAUUUAUUCUAUUAGCAGCUCUCUAAAGUUUUCACAGUUGAACAUGUCCACUGAAAUACCAUCAGCAAAAAUGUCAUGAUUUCUAUUGUUCUUAGUAAAAAUCUGAAACACUUUCUUCAGCAAAAAAAGAGAAAAUGGCUGAAACAUAGAACAUGGAAAUGUUCAUUCUUAAAAUCACUGUAGACAAUGCGCCCUCUGUUGCCUACACCCAAGGCUCCCUCACCUGGCUGUCUAGGGCUUCCUGGAGGAGGGAGCUUUCCUUGUUCAAGAAAAGCCCGGAUCUGUGGGGGA